AACAAAACGAAGUCCUCAUGAUUCGAGUGACUGUUCCAAACUUUAGGAAAGUCGGUGACCACAAUGAUUCGUACACCGUCUUUAAUGUUGAAGUGUGUGCUGCUGGACGGUUGACCAAUAUAGAGAAGCGUUACUCUGAAUUUGAAGAUUUCCACAAACAGCUAAAAAAGAUCAUAAGAACACCAGAAUUUCCACCCAAAAAGGUGAUGAAAUGGAAUCCGAAGGUGCUAGAACAGAGACGAGUUGGACUGCAGCUCUAUCUACAGGGGGUCGUGCAGAACGAGUACAUUUCAAAAAUUGUACAACGGUUUCUGUGUAUUACACUACCAAACGCCACCAACAUGGAGUCGCUGACCCAUGAUGACCAGGAGGUGUCUUUGUCACAUCAGCCUAUGAUUGGAUUCCAGCCUGAUGCUUUCCUUCUUAAUAACAACAAAAGUAGUCUUCGUGAUAUAAUCACUGAAGGGGUACACAGAGGGCUGUAUUGUGUUCAAUCAGAGGAGCCCAGGUAACAUCUCCCAGUACCCACAACAUCUGGACCGUUCCUGUAUCAACAAUGAUGUCUUCAGUUAUUUGUCAUGAACUUUACAUAAUGCCAUAGCUGUUCACACUUACUGAAAAACAGUUUCAGUGUUGUUUCUUAAAUGUGUUCUUUAAAGAGGUAUGCUACCAUACCUGUUACAUCUCCAAGUUAUGUUAGAGUUAUUGCCCUUCCAUAGGUAAAAUGUAUUAUUGUUCAGAAAUGUUCACCACUUUUAUUAUACUGUUUACAGACCUUAAUCAGUUAUUUUUCUGUUAAGUUUCUUUUGUAGUCAUAGAAAUAUAAUUAUAUUUUGGACAUUUUUUUGGCAGUUUAUACAUUUUGAAAUUAUUUUUGAUAGUAUUGGGUCAUCGGGACUCUGCUGCAGGUAGUGAUAAAAAAAUCAGUUGUGGAGUCAAGAUGAUAUUGCAAAAAGCUCCUAUAAUAUAUUUCUAUGAACUUUGGCAUAGUAAAAGGAGGAGUCACUCCAAGUCAGGAACAUCAAACAGAUUUUCCCAGUAACAAUAUAUUAAAUAUAAAUUGUACAUCUGUGUUCAGUGGCUAAAAGUUCAAUACAUUUAUCUGUUCAAACAAAGAUUUACAUUUUUUUUUUUGAAGUGUUGAUUUUCAUGUGCACGUUUAUAGUUAUUUACAGAUACAUGUAAAACUACAGAUACAAUUUGAUUACUCUGUGUGUGUUCCUUGAUAGCAGGGACUUAGCACAAACCAUACAACACAAAUCUGUACAUCAUCAAUAUUUUUUAUACAUAAAGCAAACAGAUUACGAAUUAUGGGGUUAGGGAUUUGUGUUUUUGUGUCUUUCCAUUUGUUGGAAAACAAGCACCUUUCUCUGGCCUGGCUGUAUUUUAUGUUGUUUCUAGUCAGCUUCCUGAUUAAUGACAUAAUACUAACUUUUUUGCAGCCAGUGGUCGAUAUUGACCAUUAUACACUAAUGUACUUGGUUUAAAAUGUCUUUAUAAAGAAGGUGCUUAGGCUACUCUCUAGCUUCUAACUCUAAUAUGUUUUUUUUUCAUUGAUUUUUAUCCAUCUGAAAUUUGUUUUCUCUUGAAUGUGAAAUAUGUUUUUAUGACAAUCUAGUCUAGUUUGUGACUUCCUACUUUAAUGAACCUACAUUGAAUUAUAUAUCUGUAGUAUGCUGUGAUGUAUAUUGUACCUAUAGUAUUGAAUUACAAUCAAAGUUGUAAAAGAAACCCAUAUACAUUACCCCUUUCACCCUUAAAGCCAAUUAUAUACUUGUCCAACAAGGAUGAAAAAGUCCACAAUAUCUGUUUUGUUGUGAAUUGAUUAAACAAUCAUCUCUUUUUCAAGAGACUUAACAAUGUUGUUUUACAUACAUGUAAUACUGUCAACUAGACGUCAAAGAGUCUCUGUCCAUACCAGUUUUUCUGUACAUUGUGUAACUAACACAGAGCUGUCUACAUAUCUAACUUUCUACCAUUGAAUGAAUUUAUAUGUAUCUACCUAAGAUUGGAAUGUCUCACCAGCUGUUACAUAUGCGAAUAUGGCAGUGACCAAUAAGGCCAACUUUAUAUGUAAUUAUACGUUCUAGAUUUGAGGAAACUGUCUGACACUGUAUAUUAUACACUGCAUGAGAUUUAUACUGUACAAUGUAUUGAGCACUGUACUAUAUAAUGUAUUUUACUAUACAGUAGAUAUAUACCAGACUUACUAGUAAUUAGGGGUCUCAACAUUUGUAAGUGCAAUCAUUAGAAAUUAUAUAUAGUAUUGUUAAUUUGAUAUAUCUGGGUAUUGUUUAUAAUAUAUACUUCACACAUUUGUCAUAUAAGGAAAUAUUUGAUGGUAUCUAUUGAUUGAUAUGUGUGUUGGGUGAUCUAACUGUUUUCAGUAUUAGUUCUCCAAGUUGUUCCUCCAGAGUGAGGUUUUAACUAGUUAUAUCCUUAAUUCAAACACUAGUAUGGGUAGUCCGAAAUGGUACUGUCUACAUUACAGACACAUCUGAUAAUGAAUGUCAAAUUUAUAGUCAGAGGUCAUCAGGAUUACCAGAUGAGAAACCAAAGUCAUACAAAAUGUCUUAUAGAAGUCUUUACUGGUACUAAAUAGUAAUCCGGUCCUAGUUAUAUAUACUCCUAUACACUCAAUGAUGGGCAUCUUGGCAUAGAUGUCUAGCAAAGAAUUCAGAUGUCUGGUUUAACGAAAGGGAACUGGGUUGAUACAAACAGAAAUACUAUUUGCCAGAACAACUUCAGUGACAGAUUUAAUGUGGACUCUAAGGAUGUGAGACACUGGUUACAAUGAAGUUAAUUUCUUUGCAAGCACUGCUGAUGUUUGUCUCUGAUAUUUUCGGUAAAGAACUUUACUGGCCCCACUUGUAUAAAAUAUUUCAACUUAAGAUUUCCUCAAGCCCAGAUUUUCCUGAGCUAAUAUCUCCUUGAAAAUAUCUUGUAUGAAAAUUCCUCAAGGAAUUUCAGGACAUCCUAGCUGAUGACUUCCUCCUGUUCUUUGAGAAAAUUUUAUACAAGCCAUUUUUAAGGAGAUAUCAGCUGAGGAAAAUCUCAAAUUGAGGAAAUCUCAAGUUGAGAUGUUUUAUACAAGUGGGGCCUGAUGCAAUAUAUUUUGUGUGAGAUGAAAGACUUAGAGAUGUCAGAUAUACAUAUUUGUAUGUGAUCGAUGGCACAGACUUUUUCUAUACAUUUCAUGUCCUAAGAAGUCUCUAUUUCAUUGAUCAGCAAAGCAAUGUUUUUGAGCUGAAAUGAUACUGGAUGGCCAUGUAUAGUUAACCGAGAAUUAUUCAAAAGACAUAUAAAGUAGAAACUUGUUAUCUCGAAAUUUAAGGAACCAUUGAAAAUAUUUCAACUUAUCCAAAUGCAAAGCACCUUUCUAUACAAAAAUAAGAUACACAGUUGCAGAGCCAAAUAAUGAAAGAAACUGCAUUAUUCAGAAAACACACAUAUAAGUAAUUUAUUCCUCAGAAUAUAUCAACAAAUGCUAUAUGUUGGCCAAUAUAGACAAAAAUUGUGAAUAUGAAGAGCAGAAAGUCGUUCUGUUGGUCAAACAAGGAGAUAGAUUUAAAACAUGAGGAAGCAUAUUACAAUGUAAUAAUAAAGAAAAAAGGGAAAAAAAGGAACAAUGGACUUGGAAUGAAAGCAUGUCUAGUUUGUUUGUCAUUUCCUUCAUUACCAUGUCCAGUGGAAAAUAAUAAGUACACAUCAAUUUUGUUUUUAAAGUGAAAGAAUAAUUUUAACACUAAAACUAGAUUUAUGAAACAUAUGCACUUAUCACUAUUGCACACAGCACCUCUGUAGGUAUUAACAGUAUAUAAUACAUCUCUCAGUAUUAUCUUUAGUAUGGCAGUAUUUCAGUAACACAGGAUUGUCCCUAUUACCAUUAUUAUGUGGCAAGUCAGUUAAUAUCAUCACCUCAGAUAGGUAAAUAUGUAUUUCAUAAACUUUACAAUAUGUACAUAAAAUACAUUUUUUCUGGUAUAUAUUGAAAUGUUACAUAGUUAUCUAUAAAUGAAAAUGAUAUCUUUUCAAAACUGAAAUAUUGAAA